AUGGCUCCUUCGAUUCACAAGAGCAAAAAAGUGAGCAAGAAACAGCUUCUAAAGUUUACAAUUGACUGUACAAUUCCAGUGAAUGAUCAUGUCCUGGAUCCGGCUUCGUUUGAGAAAUUCCUCCAUGAUCGGAUCAAAGUUGGUGGCAAAACGGGUGUCCUUGGGGAUGCUGUCAAGAUCACGCGAGAGAAGACGAAAUUGCAAGUGGUAGCGGCUCCGCCAUUUAGCAAACGCUAUCUCAAGUAUUUGACGAAAAAGUAUCUGAAGAAACAACAAUUGCGUGAUUAUUUACACGUGAUUGCAUCGGACAAGAACACGUACGAGCUUCGGUACUUUAACAUUCAUGAUGCUGGAAACGAUGCCGACGAGGACGACGAGUAG